ACAGCCAAUGGGAACGUGGAGGCCAAAGUGGUGUGUUUUUACCGGCGCAGGGACAUCUCCAGCACACUCAUCGCUCUGGCAGACAAACAUGCAAGGGAACUGGAGGAGGAGAUGGAGAAUUCUGAGAUGGCGGAUCUGCCCGAGAAACAGAAACACCAGCUCAGACACAGAGAGCUGUUCCUGUCACGCCAGCUGGAGUCCCUACCAGCUACGCACAUCAGAGGAAAGUGCUGCGUGACGCUGCUGAAUGAGACAGAAGCCCUGAAGUCUUACCUGGACAGAGAGGAUGCCUUCUUCUACUCGCUGGUGUAUGACCCUCAGCAAAAGACCCUGCUGGCUGAUAAGGGGGAGAUCCGCAUUGGGAACAAAUACCAGGCUGACAUCACUGACCUCCUAAGGGAAGGUGAAGAUGAUGAGAGGGACCUGACAAAACUGGAGGAGAAGAUUUGGGACCCCAACAGCUCACUAACAGAAAAACAGAUCGACCAGUUUUUGGUAGUAGCUCGGUCAGUGGGUACGUUUGCCAGAGCUUUGGACUGCAGCAGUUCUGUCCGGCAGCCUAGCCUUCAUAUGAGUGCUGCUGCAGCGUCCAGGGACAUCACAUUGUUUCACGCUAUGGACACCCUCCACGCUAACGGCUAUGACAUGACUCGAGCCAUUGCAGCGCUGGUGCCUCAGGGUGGGCCUGUUCUCUGCAGGGAUGAAAUGGAGGAGUGGAGCGCGUCAGAGGCCAACCUGUUUGAAGAGGCGCUCGAGAAAUACGGCAAAGACUUCACAGAUAUCCAGCAAGAUUUUUUGCCCUGGAAAUCACUGACAAGUAUAAUUGAGUAUUACUAUAUGUGGAAAACCACUGACAGAUAUGUUCAGCAGAAACGAUUAAAAGCAGCCGAAGCAGAGAGCAAACUGAAGCAGGUUUAUAUCCCCAACUAUAACAAGCCAAACCCGAACCAGCUGAGCAACAACGUAAAGCCAGCUCUUUUAAAUGGAGCAGCAGGUGCAGGGGCCCCUGGACCACCAGGCUCAGGGCAGACCCCGGGCCUGGGCAGAGCCUGUGAAAGCUGCUACACCAGCAGCUCGUACCAGUGGUACUCGUGGGGACCUCCCAACAUGCAGUGUCGUCUGUGUGCCUCAUGUUGGACCUACUGGAAGAAAUACGGAGGCUUAAAAAUGCCCACAAGACUAGACGGCGAGAGGCCAGGACCCAACCGCACCAGCACGAGCCCUCAUGGCCUUCCCCUUCGGCACAGCGGCAGCCCCAAGUUUGCUGUGAAGACCCGACAGGCGUUUUACCUGCAGACCACCAGUCUGACACGGGUUGCACGGCGCCUCUGCCAGGACAUCAUCCGGCCUCGAUACAUGGCCAGACACCCCUACCUCCCUGUCAACACAGCAGCCAUCAAAGCAGAAUGUGCCCUGCGGUUACCAGAUAAGCCAAAAACGCUUCCGCAACACAAACCCAUCGACCGUAAACCUCUGGAGUCUGUGGUUCGCUAUUUGGAAGCACAUCCACGUCCAUUCAAACCCGACCUGCCGACUCGUGGAGGCUCAAUCUCUACAGGCAGCUUGACCCCCAUCAAGUCCUCCCCCAUCCUGAACAACGGCUCCCCCACCAUCCUGGGCAAACGCACCUACGAACAGCACAACGGUACCAAAUCCAAAGCGUUGACUCCUCAGUGGGACAUCAUGGCCAAACGUGUUGGUGAUGCAGGCCGGCCCUCAGCCUCCCUGCAGGACGAGGUACACGAGCUGGACUGAAGGCCUUUUAGGAACAAUCUGUACUGCAAACCCCACUAAGCAGCGGAGAUAUGAAAUGGAAAAGGCUUUUUCCACUGAACCAUAGUCGUGGGCAGCUGAGAGGAGAUGAAGAUGGAGAUGACUCGAUGGCAUCCAAAACUUUUCUUCAGUCAGUACGCGUCUGUAGCAGCUGAAGACUGAUCGAUCCGUUUGGCGCUGGUUUAUCAGAAGAUGAGCCUGACUGUACAGGACUGUGUUUAUUACUUACAUUUCGUGUUAUUACUGUCUUUAUAAUUAUUGUUAUUGUUUUUUUUUUACCAACUAUAAUUGAGCUGAUUGUCGGUCAAACGAUGGAAACUUAUAAAGUUUCAUGAAAAAAAAAAGCUUGUGAAACCCUGUGGAAACGGGUGGAAGGAAAGUCACAUAAGCCACUUGUAUUUUCUAUAUUUUACUUUUUUAAAAGAGGUUAAGGUCAGAAAGGACUCGCACUUUUUGUUUUCGCAUCAUAACUUUUUGUUUCAUCGAACCUGAAUGCUUCACAGAAAAAAAAGUUUUCUGCUGUGUGAACCGGCCCUGCUCUUCGUCCAGAAAGGUUUAAUUUAUUGAGAAAAAUUUGGGUGUUUUUUCUACCUUUUUCACAAAUAUUGCAUCUAUGCUUCAAUAUUGUAAUUAAACAAGAUAAUUGAUCUUUUCUCUGCUUUUGGUGUCUGUGCUCUGAGGUACAAGGUGUAAACGUUUGCACUGAAUGUUCUGUUUUCAUGUUUGUGUCGGCCUGUUUUUCUUACUCCACACAGGUAUUCCAGCAGGGUAUAUGCAAACUUACGGCGACUUUUCAUUCCUCGUGGCUUUAUGUUAUCAGUAUUAGAAGAUUUUUAAUGCACAAACAGUUGAUUUGUAAGCAAACAUCUGAAAACAACUAAAAAGCAGGAACGCAA